CUUCAGUCACCCCCAAAAGGUGCCACGAUUCCUUACCAUCCCAGCUUGUCCUUGGGACCGGUUCUUCUGUCAGCCAAUCAGGGAUUUUCCAUGCAAGGACAAUACAGUGGAAUAUCUCAAGCUGAGGUGACAAAAUUGCAGCAGCUUUCGGGACAUCCUGUCUCAUUUUCAUCCUUGGCACAAACUCCAUCUCUAGUUGCAGGCCUGGAUGCAAACUCUCAGAAUAGCUCUCAGGAGUUUCUAGUUCCCAAUGAUCUCAUUGGCUGCAUCAUUGGCCGGCAGGGGAGCAAGAUUAGUGAGAUUCGGCAAAUGUCUGGAGCGCACAUCAAGAUCGGGAACCAGACAGAGGGUUCUUCCGAACGUCAUGUGACCAUCACAGGCACACCAGUCAGCAUCACUUUGGCUCAAUACCUCAUCACAGCCUGUUUAGAGACGGCCAAAUCUACCUCCCAGACGCCCCCCGUUGACCUCGGCAUGACUUUCUCCCAGCCCCUCACCCCUUCGCCAGCCCCAGCGCUGACAGCAAUGGCCGCACCUCCCCCAACCUUGCUUGGUCCCCCCUAUGCCAUCUCCCUCUCCAACUUCAUCGGCUUGAAACCCAUUCCCUUCUUGACACUGCCCCCUUCCUCAGCCACGGGGCACAAUGGCAACCUUGCCACCUACACGACCAAGAUCUCCACAGCCAAUUCAAGCAAGAAGGGUGAGAGACAGAAGUUCUCCCCAUACUGAAGCAGGAAGGUGGGGCUGUGGGGCAGG